AUGAAUUCAUCGAAUGAUGCCGACGGCAUGUCUACCCCGGUAAUAACGGAGGAGCCGAAGCCUCCAGCGCGGCCACGUCCGCCCCCAAUCUCCGUAUCGACGCGUAGCCCCACGCAAUUGACUUGCCCAAUAUGCAAUACACGGGUGAUCACCGACGUGCAACGCCGUUGCUGCCCGCCAUUCUCCUUUGUCCACGUGUGCCCCCAGUGCAAUUCGACGAUCUCCCAAAGCCAGCUUGACCAGCGCCUC